AUGAAAGCCUUCAUUCUUCUUGGACUCCUGGGAGCUACACUGUCAGCUCCGCUUGUGCCACAGCGUCUUUUGUCGGCCAGCAACAGCCAUGAGUUACUUCUGAACCUCAAUAAUGGUCAACUUCUGCCACUACAGCUGCGGGGCCCAUUCAAUCCUUGGAUUCCUCCCUUCUCGGGGAUUCUACCUCCGCAGCAGGCAGCUCCCGUGGCAGGACGCCCUCAGUUCCCAUUGGCACUUCUGGAUGGGCUAGCGGGGCUGUUCCCAAACCAAAUACCUUUUCCAAGACCAGGGAGGUUUGCCCAAGGAGCCCAGGCUGGGCAGCUGGACCCCUCGCCGCCGCAGCCAACACCACCGCAGAACCAACAGGGCCCCAAUCACAUACCCUACAUAAUUUCCUUUAAAAUACCUCAAGAACAAACACAGACGCUUCAAUACUAUCCAGCUUACAUGCUACUGCCCUGGGACCAAGCUCAACAGGCGGCCACUCAGUCACCCCAACAAACAGGGCAGCAGCAGUUCGAGGAGCAGGGUGUGCAAGAAGGACAACAGCAAUUAUCUUUUGACACCUUCUUGGGCACAGUUCCUGAAACCGCUGCGAUGCCAGCUGAAGGAGGAGUACCAUAUUUACAAAAUGAAGUAAUAAACUUUAGGCCUGAGAGUGCAGGAGUUCUCGUACCGACAACUACACCAAAACCCAGCACGACCGAUUCUUUUACUCCCACUAAAGACCCAACUCUUGCCCGGCUGCUUCCGGAAGAGAAGGCCAAGACUGACAGCCUCAGAGAGCCAUAA